AUGUAUUCAAAAACUAUUUUCAUAUUUGUUUCAACACUUUUAUUAAAGACAAUUAACGGCCAAUUAUGUGGAACAAAUCCUUACCAUGGAUUUAUUGGUAACGGAAUGGCUGCGGACAAUCUAAUUUUGGGCAACCCUGGCUUAGCCCACGGACCAUUCGCAGGGCUGCCCUGUGCACCUAUCAUAGCUGAGACUCCAUUGACGUAUGGACCAUCGAUUGUUGAAAACUUCCCCGUCUCUAGCUUAUCUCACAUCCCACCUGGGACAUUAUCGAUAUUUUCUGACAAUUUGAUCAUCGAAGGACCGAUUAUUGUCUCUGGUCAACUACCUUUCUUAGCCAGUGUGGCUGUGCAAGGAGAAUUACCUGCGGCUGGACGAGGCGCGGUAUCAUUUGGAUGUGGAAACGGGGAAGUUGGUAUCACCAAUGAAGGUGUCAUUCCACCUGCUAUGCCUUUCGGUUAUGGUAACUUUGGUUUCCCUGGUGAAAUCGGUUUCGGUUCACCAAUAGGCCCUAAUUUCAGAGGCUACAUAUAG